AUGGAAAGCAAGAAGCUCAUUGUCGGUGUCGACUACGGAACGACGUACUCUGGCGUCAGCUGGGUUUGGUCCACUGCUACCGGUAUAGAGGAUGUUCAGCUCAUCGGUGAAUGGGGUACAGCAGAGAGGACCACUGGAAAGGCAGGUUUCGAGAGACUUGUUCCAUCCAGAAUUGCUUACUCGCCUGAAAUCAGCUGGGGCUAUGUCAUCGACCCUGACGCUACAGUGUAUUGCUGGUCCAAACUUCUUCUGGACAGAUAUGCCCAGCCAUCUGACUUUGAUGACCCUUCGUUGACAGACGUUGAUGGCCCUGGCCUGCUAAUCACUCCUCCGGGAAAGACACCAGAAGAUGUGGUGACAGAUUUCCUAACUCAACUCUACCAACACGUCAUGGAGCGCCUGGCAAGCAAGAUAAAUGAGUCUAUCCUCUCUGUCACCCCAAUAGAGUUUUGGUUCACUAUUCCAGCCCUGUGGAGCAUCAGAGCAGAGAAUUCUACAAGGGAUGCUGCCGUGAAAGCGGGUUUUGGCUCUCGUCCAAAGGAUAAUAUUCACUUGAUCCGCGAGCCAGAAGCAGCGGUAAUUUGUUGCCUGAACGAAAUGACCAAGGACGGAGGGAAUGAGCUCGUCAAGGUUGGCGACGGAGUUAUUGUAUGCGACUGUGGCGGUGGCACUGUGGACCUCACAUCAUAUGCAGUUCAAGUCGCACACCCAAAACCUAGCUUGAGUCAGGCAUGUGUUGGUGAAGGCGGAAAAUGCGGUUCUACAACAAUCGAUCGGGCUCUACACAGGCUCAUGGCCUCCCGUUUUGGAUCGGCUUUUACAGAUUUACCUUACGAGAUGAAGAGUGGAAGCUCGAGUUUUAUGCUACAAUUUGAGUCAGCUAAGCGUGACUUUGGCGUUUCGAAAGUUGCAUCGCGGAAGUAUAGGUUCACUCUCAACAUUGGUGCUUCACAAUCUGAGUGGUAUGACGCAAGAAGGGGUGAGAUAAUAAUCACCACCGACGACAUGAAGAGCCUUUUUGAUCCUGUAGUUCAGCAGAUCAUCGGCCUAUUGGAACAACAACUCAAAGCAUCGAAAUCGGAGAGCAACCUGGAUAUCAAGACCAUAUGUGUAGUCGGCGGCUUCGGGGAAUCUGUCUACCUGUUCAACAAACUUUUAGAAUGGUGCCCGUCCGGCAUAGAGCUCAUCAAUCCCACCAAAUCAUGGGAAGCAAUCUGCAUCGGCGCCGCCCUGCGUGGCCUCGAUGGUCCAACCGUGAUCAAGAAAAAGUGCCGUCGCCACAUAGGCAUCGGUAUCUCGAAGCCAUUUCGCGAAGGCAUUGAUAGUGCUGAUGAUGCCUUCCACGAUCUUUUUGAUAAUGAGAAACUAGCACGUGGUCAUGUCGACUGGUUGGUCAAUCGAGGCGAGAUCAUCACCCCCGAGACCGUCGUCAUUCGCAGCUACGUUAUGGCUUUUCUUGUCGAUGGUGAGAAAAAAUGGCAACAAAACUUGUAUGAAAGUACCAUGGCAGUUGCCCCAGAGAAACUGACCCAUCAUUCUGUGAGGAAAGCGGGAGAGCUUCAGGUAGAUCUCACGAGCGUACCACUCGAACAAUUCGACCACAAAGACAUAAGCUCUCCCUUCUCAUGGAAGAAGCUGAAAGUAUACAGGAUCGACUUCCAAGUGGCUAUGGUCGUCGAGGAUGAUUUGGGGUAUAUUUAUUUCCGUGCAGUUUGUAAUGGAAAGCAGGUAGGCGAGGCAAGAUUGAAGUUCGGGCAAGAGCAGACGUAA